AUGGAUGCUAAACCAAGGGAACUUUAUCUUCUAUUUCGAGGAUUUAAAGGUUAUGAAGGAAGUCUACUUAAAGUAACAAAUAAAAAUGGUAAAAAUUUAUCACCUGUUGGAUUUGUUACAUUUGCUAAUCGUGUUGAUGCUGAGACAGCUAAACAAGAACUUACAGGUGUUCGAUUUGAUCCUGAUCUUCCAGCAACACUUCGACUUGAAUUUGCUAAAUCAAAUACUAAAGUACAAAAACCUAAACAUCCAACACAAAAUCCAUUAACAGCUGCAACUCAACAAUUUAUUCAAAUUCCUCAAGAACUUAGUGCAGCUUUCUUUCCAACUGAUACAUGGGGUCAACCAUUAGCUUUUGAUUUAGCUUCAGCUGGUCUUCAUCAUCCUGCAUUAUUACAUACUGCUUUACAUGGACCACCAAUGGGUUUGGGUCAUCCAAUGCAAGGAACGACAGGUAUGACCCAAAUACAACAAUCAAAUCAAGCUGUUGCUGUUGCUAAUGGACAAUUGAAUGGUGGAUGUUCAACAUUAUUUUUAACCGGAAUUCCUGAACAUGACUUUAAGAAUAUGUCAUUUGCUUUGCCAGGCAAAGCUCUUUGA